CCAACCCACCUGCAAACAUGCAAAGCUUCUCUCUCAGGCGAGUCCCUUCCCCAAAUAUCCGGACAAGCAACGGCGCAAUACACAGGCGGCUCCUGCUCUUGGUCCAAUCCUUCCAUCAAAUCUCUCUCUCAAGACUCUAGUCUCUACAGAUAUAUCACACAGGCCACAACUAUGAGGAUCAGGAAACUUUUUCCACCAUCUUCUCUCUCUUCAGUCCCUGACUUAGAUGGACUAAACCUUCUUCCAUUUGAGUUCGUUGCCUUGGAAGCAUGCCUUGAGGCUGCUUGUAGUUCCUUGCAUAAUGAAUUGAGGACAUUGGAGCAAGAAGCUCAUCCAGCAUUAGACAAGCUGACUUCCAAAAGGUUUAAUUCUGGACGUGUUCAACAGUUCAAAAGGUUUCCUUCAUUAAGCUUGGAUGUGCCUUGAGAGGUCAUGAUGAAUCUGUAAUG